UUCCCAGAAUCCCACAGGAGCUAAACCGUGCUGCGUCUCUGCCACCGUGCGGCCGUGGAUAGUAAGUGCAGGGAAAUGUGCUCGUUCAUUCAUACAGUCACUACCAUGCAGGCAGCGCGACCGGGACCAUCUGCGGCAGCAGCAGCAGACAUGUAGGGAAAAAAAUAAAGCAAAUAAAGGAAGUGAUUAGACAUGGACUGAAGAAUAAUGUGCCUCGGCUGCCAUCUUAACCAUCACCAUCAUGUUCCCGGGAGUUUUCUAUGCAUUGCUGGCGGGUUUCCUCGGAGCCGUGGCGUCGUCUUCGGCCAAACUGUCCCUGGGAGCCGACUAUCUGAAGGGAGUCUGCGAAACCGGACUCCGGACGUGGGGCGAGCAGCGGAAAUUCAGACACGCGGAUGAAACCACGGCGUGUGACCGGCUCCACAUCCCUCUGAGGUUACUGUGUGGUGGUCUUCUUUUCACCUGCAACGCUGUGAUGUGGACCUUCCUCGCCAAAGCACUCAGGUACUCCUCUUCCUCCACCCGAACCACUGUGACCACCACUGCCUCCAACUUCGUAUCUUCCGCUUUCCUGGGCCAGCUGAUCUUUGGGGAACCCCAGAUAACACUGUGGUGGGUCGGGAUCUCGUUGACCUUUUCAGGUCUGUUGGUACUGCAGAGGAUUUCGCCACAGGAUCGGCAUCAGACUGCAGCCACGACGAAGGACGAAUAGCAUGUUGUCUCCGCUGGCUGGCUGUGCUGAGCUCAGGCUGACGCCUCCUCUGCUUUUAAGCAAAGCCAAAGACAAAUAACGGCUGAAAACAGCAGUUUUAGUCAACGAAUUUGCUCUUUAAACAGCAGCCCAGGUGCAUAGUUGAAAAAGCUGCAAUCUUCUAGUGAGAGAACCAGAGGUCUUCCAGUCAUGUCAUAUACACUGCGUGCACAAUUAUUAGACAAGUGAGAAUUUUGAACAAAUCAUCAGUUUUAGUUUUAAGGCAUAAUUUAUUUAAGCAUAACGUGUGCUGUGAAUCUGUCUACAGAGGUCAACACCUUAAAUCAAGGUUUAUAUAAUUAUUAGGCAGCUUCUUUUCUUUAGACAAAAAAGUAAAUUAACUGAUUCUGAAAAGUCAAAAAUGACCAAAAGUCUCUCUGAGGGACUGUAAAGAUAUUUGGACGAGUUCGCUGAACCAUCAAAUGUUGCAAAUCGUCAGCAUAGGGAAAUGAGUUUGAUUCUCAUGGGGAAAUGAAUGUUUUUCAUUUAGUUGUGUUAUAAAUUCUGGACACAAUAGUAGCUGCCCAAUAAGAAAACCAAAACCUUACUUUUACUUUCUUACACAUUAAUGUUUGAGGGUUAUUAACAUUUUGGAUUAACCGAGAGCACUGUAGUUCGUAGUUAAUAAAAGCAAUCCUCAAAAUUUACAUUUGCCUAAUAAUUAUGCACACAGUGUAAAAUAAAAUACUCCCCUUUAUCCCUGCAAAGAUUUUAGGAGAUGUUUGCCGUCGGAGGAUCUGCUUACGCAGCACAGCUACAGUCUGGCUUGUGGAGAUAAACAAACGGAUGCCUGGUUUCAGCUUCUUUCAAGCUCUUAAAUCAUUCUGUGCACGGAUUCACAGAAAGAGGAAAGUUAUUCUAGCUUUAUAUUAUUUGUUGCAUAUUCAGACAAUGAUAGCACAAAGGCAAUAAAAGCUAAAAUGAAUAAUGUGACAUGUUUGGAACUGAGAUUAAAUAGUCUAUUGUUGGGUAGGUGAUCAGAGGUUGAUAUCAUUCUCAUGUUUGUGGGGUAAACAUUAACCCACAUGCUGCAAUCAAUUUAUUUUCCAGAAUUUAAAUUUGGGAGGAAAUGAUCUGGAACCACGUCUGAAACUGAAAUCCCAAGUUGGAAAGUCAGUCAUUUUGCACAACCCACAACCUCGAAAUCCAGUAUAUUCAAUAAAUCAGUCACACAAAAAUGUACACACUCUAUUGGUUAACAUAAAAAUGUAUACAAAAAAUAAUUACCCGGGCCAAUGAGCAUUACGAUCUGCAAGUAUCGCUCAUUUCCCAACUUGAAGCUGUAACACUGUUUAGUUUGGCGAGGCAUUAUUGUGUCUGUGAAGUUUGGCGUAAAAACGAAGAAAGCACAUUAUCUAGAAACAGUGGGAUUGCAAAAACACAUCUCUGUUUUUAGUUAUCAUGGAAAUAAAAAUGAGUUUUUAGACUUGCACAAAAAAGUGUAAGUACUUCCAGGCUGGAUUUUUUUUAGCUCCUGCUCGUCUUGAAAGCUUUUUAAAUUGUUUCAUACAAAUAAGACAAACAUUUGGCUAUUUUACCACCUCCUCUAUGAUAUUUAAUUUGGGUACAGACAUGUGAGUGAUAUCAAUGUUUUAUUAGACCAGAAUAAGUGCAUUUAUUGUAUUUAGACCUAUAUUUUUAAAGUGUGUGUAUUAAAACUGAAAAGUAGCUGCUGUGAGGUCAUACUUUGGUUCAUGCUCAGAUAUUUGACAUGUGCAGCUCAGUACUUUGGCCAUCAAUAGUAGAAUAUCUACAAUUUUUUUUUCUUUAUUUAAAAAAACUGUUUUCUGUUUGGUAAACUCUCAUUUUUUCUCCCCAGCCUUCUAAUAAAGUCUGCCUGCAGGGGGCGACUUUCUUCACCUCAGUCACCAUAAAGUUGUGCGAUUGUAACGUUUUGACAGCAAACAAUCGUAAAACUGCACAAUGUAAGACUUGGAAAAAUGCAAAAUUUAACAAUUUCUUCUCACAGCAGAAAUGCAUCCAACGACGAUCACGGCCCAAAAGUGUCCGGAAUAAAAUAAAAUAAAAAUUUACUACACAUCUUGCAAAUUUCUCACAGGUUGUGAGACUUAAGCUCACGGCCACAGAUUUUCUUACCGUCCAUAAAGGCAAAUAAUUUUGUUAGCAAAGGUUGAGUCACACAGUGUAAACUUGACUUUAGAGUAAAACUUUGCUUUUGGAGAUGUCCCGAUCAUCAUGUUUUUAUUCCAGAUACAAAGUCAAGUCACUUACAGCUAACCUUUUGCAAAAUUAAGACCAGAAGCUUUUCUCAAUUGUAGCUUCUUUAAAACAGCUUUAAUAUCUUAUUCCAGUACAGGGACUAAGUAGAUAAGAAAGCUCCUAUAAUGUUAUGAUGCAUCUCCUAAAACCUACAAAGCAAUGCUGUCUUCAUCAGUUUACUGAAGUGCUAGGCUAACAUUAGCAUGUUUUUUCUAUAUUUUGAUUGCACUUGUUGAUAAUUUGGCUUCUAACAUAUUACAUCCCUGUUCUGGUUAAUACCAGUCAAGCACAAAAUUUACCCAAGUUUGUUUCCUGCUCCAUAAACCUUUUGUUUUAAACAUCAGAAAUAUGAUUGAUCAGCAUUUCAGCUGCUUUCUAUGCAGCUCCAGCAAAAGCAGGUGACAUGAAACAAAAACAAAGGAGGCUGCAGCAACCAAUACAGUCUCUCAUUCACUGUAGAGAUCAGUGUAAAGUGUGAAAAAUAUGUAGAUGGUCAUGGAAACACCAGAUUUGUUCAACAAAAUAAUCAGAAUAGCAACUGCUGCACAAUAUCUGGUGAUGUACCUUGCUUGCUAGUGCAAUAGGUGGCUAAUCUGACUUUUCUGACUUCAGAAGAGUCAGGAGUUCAUUUUAUUCAAUGACUGACAUCAAUCACUUAAAAAUGCCUUGAGCGGGACAUCCAUGAGAUGCUUCAGUUGUCAAACCUGAAGGCUAUUUCUGUCUUUUUUACACAUUCUGUGCAGGAAUGAGGCAAUGCAAUAAAUACACAUACAUAUUAUACUAAGCUAUUGACCUGAUCUGAUAUAAUCUUUUAGAUUUUUACCUGAAAAUGAUCAUCCUAUCAUUACUGAGCAACUCUUUAAUGGCUUACUUAAUGCUUAUGUUUCCUUUAGUUACUUUGACACUCCCUGUGAACAUCUAACAGGCUUAUUGCUGUUUAAAGAAGGCACCCGACUAACAAAGUGCCCUAUUCCUCUUAAAAACUAACAGCUGUUCUAAUGUAGCACUGCAGGACUCAUCCUGCUUCCUCUUAUGUUUUAUUCUGUUUCGUUUUUUUAUUACUUUUUAUUUUUUUAUUACUUGAAUUUAUGUUUCUGCAUAUAAGACUGUGAAACAAACUGUGUUUUGAUCCUAAGGCAGCUGCUGCACUUCAGUCACAUGACAUGUCACGUGUGCAUGUUUUUACAAACUGCUGAAUAAAUCUCACCAAAGCAUCAAUCAGCAUCAGAGUGACACACCUGCUUCACAUAUUUGCUUACUAUGAAGAAUUGCUCUUUAGCAUACAAUUUCUCUGGUUGUAUGAAACCUAGUAGUGUUAAAUAUUUCCUUCCACAUCCCAGAUUUAGAAAGUUCUCCUGAAUGGAGGCUUGGGUUUACAAAAAGCUUCUUGUGGAGGGAUUUGGAUCCACUCUUUCUAUCCAGGGUUGUUUCACAUUAAAUCUACAGUUUGCAGACCAGGGGUGUCCAAACUUUCUAUCAUGUGGGCCUCAAAAGUACUCACGGGCCAAAAAUAAAAUAAAAUUGACAUAUACAUAUGUUGUUCAUUGUAGAUCUCAAACUUAAAAAGGAUUUUCCAUUUUUUCUGUUUUAAAAGAAGCCUGGUUGAAUGUAUUCUGAGUUAUAAGAACAGGAUUUGGGUCACAUUCUCUCAAAAUGCUUGUUAUAUUUGGCCAAGUUCAAUAAAAUAAAUAAAAGGUGAUUUGGCUUUUCAGUUAAAAUCUCUGCAUAGACAUGCUUCUACUUAUUAUAAAAGUUUGGUUAUAAAAACACGCCUACUUUUGUACGAAGUACUGCUUUACUUACCAUUUUCCUUUGCAAUAAUAAUUUUACUCUGAUUAAAAAUAUAAAGUUUAAUAAACAAAUUAAUUUAAUUCUUGAACUGCAGUUUGGGGCCCCAACAGCCACAAAUUGCCCUGGGGCCGUACUUUGAGCACCCCUGAUGUAGACCAGUGACCUGCUCAUCCGAGAAAAUUUUUUCCACCAAGUUGCACUUAAUAAAGUGGCUUCAAAAAUGGUCAACAAAAGCUAAAACGUAUUUUUAAGUUACUGCAAUAGUGAUGCAGUCUCUGUGGUACAAGCAAGAAAGAAAGUGAAGGACGUUUCUACCGAGGUUUCUCUCUGAACCAAAAGGCUCAGCCAGCAUUUUCCAACAUGAUGUUGCCUCAGUAAUGCAUGAGACUGAUGGUUGGUACUAACCUUCUUGCUUAAGCCUCAGCCUCUCAACAAUCUUUGCUUUGCAUCAGAAACAUUAUAUCUGGUUUGCCUCCUUUUAAUGGCAUGAUAUUACUGGAGGUAAACGAUGCAACACAAUCUAUUCCAGCAUGGCCCACUUGCUGUAAACCCUGAUGUUUGAACUGAUCUGAGUAAAAAAAAAAAAACUCCUACUGGAUUAAAUGUGAUGCUCUGCAAGAAAAUAACUUAUUUUAUAUAAAUUGCAGUUUAAUUCAAAACCAUUAGGGCUAAGAAUUAAUUACUGACCUGAUAUAGAUCUUAUGUGUCAAACCUGAUGUUGCGUUAGUUUGUUGUACAUCUUAUGCAGUUCUUUCACAUUUCCAACCUGAAAGAAAAUGGUGAGACGUUAAUGGCAAAGGUGAUGCAUAAAAUGUCUGAGUAUAUGUGAAACGGACAUUCGUCACAGUGGCAAAGUGUAAACGGCUCCUGUUUGGAAGGAAACAUCGUUUAACUCAAUAAAAAAUCUCUUCUGACAGCAUCA